AUGAUUUGGUCACUAAAGUCUUCGGACAGCGGCGGAGAAGGUGGCGAAGAAGAUUCAGGCGGCGGGGGUGAAAGCUCCAAGGCAGUCAAGUGGCGACGGCAUGGUCGUCGAGUUUCAACCACUUCAUCAUCAACAACUUUGGGCUGCACAUGGAUGAUCCAAACAAUGUUCGUCUUCUUCUUGAUCACCGGCACGGCAGCCGUGCUAUCCAACUCCACGUUCAAAGGUAUCGUUGUCAGUUAA